AUGGAGACCAACAAGCAGCCAGUGAAGGAGGUGCUCCCUUUGCCUCGACAGCCUACCCCACUUCCUGUCACCUCCUCUUCCUUUGCAACCCCUGCUGCCACCUCUGAAAAACACACCACGGGCUCUAUCCAGCAUGUUCAGUUGGCCUCCUCAGUAGUGACAUCGCUCAAUCAUCUGAGGCCUCCAGAGAGGGACCUCUCGCCGCUGUCCCAGAUGAAGGCUAUUAAAUCACUGAAGCAUGCCGGCUUAACUGCAGUCUUCACUGGGCAAACGCAUCUUGACAAAGAGGAGCUGCUGGAGGAGUUACCAGCUGCCGAUGUAAUCUUGGCUGACAUCGACUCCCUGGUGCCAACUCUCGACGAAGCCGGCCGCCCCAUUCCAGAGUGGAAACGACAGGUGAUGGUGCGGCAGCUGCAGGUCAGGCUGAGAGAUGAUGAGGAGCAGAGGAGACAGGACAUGGAAAAUGGCUAUGUACCAGCAGAUACCUGGAAGUUCUCACAGGCCCACAAUGCCAUCCUGGGGCCCUUUGGUGAGCUUCUAACAGAGGAAGACUUGGUUUACUUGCAGCAGCAGAUUGAGGCUGUUUCUCUCCAGAAAUGCUGCCAGGCCUAUGAGCUGGAGCUGACCAGGCUAACUGAAAAGCUACGGGAAAUUUUCCCCGAUCCCAUCGUCAAUAUUUCCCUCAACAAAGACCUCCUGCAACAGAUGGACUCUGACGGGAAAAUGCACCUGACUUUACCCGCCUGGUGCAGCCGGGUCUUAGAGAUUGUUAGGAGUAUGUCGCUGCUGGUGUCGAAUCUGACCCAAACAACGGACAAAGAAAAGAUGAGACCAAUGCCUGGAUGCAGGGUCCCUCCUAUUGCGAUGGCGUCUGCCUUUAGCCACCGUUUGGAGAACCAGAGCGAGAGCAGAGCACACAGGGAGAAGGUGGAGAGAGAGAUUCAACAGUCUGGGGUGUCGGUGAGGAACCUUAGAUCCAACUUUGAGGGUCAGACUGGUGGAAUAUACUCUUUUGCUGGAGAUGCAGAAGGAAAACAGGAGAUUAAAAAACAGAAUAAGGUUGGAGCUUCUGGAAAAAACAGUCAUGAAGUCGACUCAAGCCUCAACCAGGAUCCCUCCAACAAGCAAACUGUUUGUGACACUAAAGGCUUAAGGAAAGAGCGAAUAGUGGUGCUGUUCCUGAGCCACUGGAAGAAGUCAGCAUAUGCUAUCUCAAUGAGAGCAGCGAGGCAGAGGGCAUCAGAGAGGGUGACAGUUGAAGACAACAACACAUCCCUUCUUCAGUUCUGCCAGCAGCGAGGGGCUGUGGACAAAAUGCUGAACUCCUGGAGGACUAAGCUCGACCUUGACGACGCUUCCUCCGAUGUCUUACAGAACCCACCCCCACAAGUGACUUUUUCUCCCGAGCAGUUCCUGCCCAAUGUGAACGGUGUUGCAAUGGGCCAUGACAGUUUGACCCUUGACCUCUUUAUGUUGGGUUACUUCCACAUCUUAGAGCAAGAGUUGACCGCCGAGGAGAGGAAGAUGAGGCAUCUUCUCUGCUUUGAAGUUUUUGACCAUGUUGGCAGAUUUCCCUGGGAGAAGGUGAGGGAUUUUCAUAAGGCCGUUCUGCAGGAAAUCCAGUCCGGCAGGCGACGGUGGAGCCACGGCUUUGAAGACCUCAAGUUUCAUUUCUUUGGUGAAUCCAAACCAAGCAGCUGCCCGCUAUCACCGGCAUCAUCUCUACUGCCGGAGUCCAAUGCUGUGCCCAAAGUUGUAAUACAAAGUGAAACCACAGAUGAGAACAACAGCAGCAACUCAGACUUUUCUUGCUCCAAUAACGAAGAUAUAUGCAAAUACAUCGAUCGCAGUUUUGCUUUCUGGAAAGAGAAGGAGGCAGAACUGUUUGACUUUGAACAAUAA